GGUGUGCCUGUGCCUGUGCGUGCCUGUGUGUGUGUAUGUGGAACUGUGUGUGUGUGUGUGCGUGUGUAUGCACCAUCCAGGCUCCUGAUCUACGGGGAGUACUGCAGCCACAUGGAGCACGCCCAGAACACGCUGAACCAGCUCCUUGCCAGCCGGGAGGACUUCAGGCAGAAAGUCGAGGAGUGCACGCUGAAGGUCCAGGAUGGGAAGUUCAAGCUGCAGGACCUGCUGGUGGUGCCCAUGCAGAGGGUGCUCAAAUACCAUCUGCUCUUGAAGGAACUUCUGAGCCAUUCUACUGACCGGCCCGAGAGGCAGCAGCUCAAGGAAGCGCUGGAAGCCAUGCAGGACUUGGCAAUGUACAUAAAUGAAGUUAAAAGAGACAAAGAGACCUUAAAGAAGAUCAGCGAAUUUCAGAGUUCUAUAGAGAACUUGCAGGUGAAACUGGAGGAGUUUGGGAGGCCAAAGAUUGAUGGGGAGCUGAAGGUCAGGUCCAUAGUCAACCACACCAAGCAGGACAGGUACUUGUUCCUGUUCGACAAGGUGGUCAUCGUCUGCAAGAGGAAGGGCUACAGCUACGAGCUGAAGGAGAUCAUCGAGCUGCUCUUCCACAAGAUGACAGACGACCCCAUGAACACCAAGGACAUCAAAAAGUGGUCCUAUGGCUUCUACCUGAUUCACCUGCAAGGGAAGCAGGGCUUCCAGCUCUUCUGCAAGACGGAAGACAUGAAGCGGAAGUGGAUGGAGCAGUUCGAGAUGGCCAUGUCAAACAUCAAGCCGGACAAAGCCACCGCCAACCACCACAGCUUCCAGAUGCACACGUUUGGCAGGACCACCAACUGCCAGGCCUGCAAAAUGUUCCUCAGGGGCACCUUCUACCAGGGCUACCUGUGUACCAAGUGUGGCGUUGGGGCACACAAGGAGUGCCUGGAAGCAAUGCCUCCCUGCAAAAUCAGUUCGUCUGCAGACCAGGACGCCUCCGGAGCGGGACCGGGUCCCAAGAUGGUGGCUGUGCAGAACUACCAUGGCAACCCGGCCCCUCCUGGGAAGCCUGUGCUGACCUUCCAGACGGGCGACGUGAUCGAGCUGCUGAGGGGGGAUCCUGAGUCUCAGUGGUGGGAGGGUCGGCUGGUACAAACCAGGAAGUCGGGGUAUUUUCCUAGCUCAUCUGUGAAGCCCUGCCCUGUGGAUGGAAGGCCUCCCAUCAGCAGGCCUCCAUCCCGGGAGAUCGACUACACCGCCUACCCCUGGUUUGCAGGCAACCUGGAGCGGCAGCAGACAGACAACCUGCUCAAGUCCCACGCCAGCGGGACCUACCUCAUCAGGGAGCGGCCCGCCGAGGCCGAGCGCUUCGCCAUAAGCAUCAAGUUCAACGACGAGGUGAAACACAUCAAGGUGGUGGAGAAAGACAACUGGAUCCACAUCACGGAAGCAAAGAAGUUCGAGAGCCUCUUGGAGCUGGUGGAGUACUACCAGUGCCACUCGCUCAAGGAGAGCUUCAAGCAGCUGGACACCACGCUCAAGCACCCCUACAAGUCUCGGGAGCGUUCUGCCUGCAGGGCCUCCAGCCGAUCACCAGCUUCCUGUGCUUCCUACAACUUUUCUUUUCUCAGUCCUCAGGGCCUCGGCUUUGCUGCUCAGGGCCCCUCCGCUCCCUUCUGGUCAGUAUUCACACCCCGGGUCAUCGGCACAGCUGUGGCCAGGUACAACUUUGCCGCCCGGGACAUGCGGGAGCUCUCGCUGCGGGAAGGCGACGUGGUGAGGAUCUACAGUCGCAUCGGCGGGGACCAGGGCUGGUGGAAGGGCGAGACAAACGGACGGAUCGGUUGGUUUCCUUCAACAUAUGUAGAAGAGGAAGGCAUCCAGUGAUGGCCAGAAUGUGGACAGGACGCACAGUGAUGGCCAGAAUGUGGACAAGAACGCAUGGAUU